GCACCCACGAAUUCGCAUAAAUUCGAAGGAGCCAAGUCUAUAUGUUUACAUUGCAUUGUUUGUCGCCAAAAUUGGGUAGUUUUAGCAUAAUAAUAAUACCGAAGAAAAUAUCUACCUUCAUUAUGCGUAUGCCGCGCUCUUUUCAAAUUAUCUAAUAAAUAAAUGUAUGUUUUGUAAUCUUCAAACACCGCAGUUAUCUGCAACCACUCGCAUUUUUAAAAAAUAACACUAAACAUACAAAUUUAAUGACUGAAUUGUAAAAAAAUUGACUUAUGUCAAAUGCCACUUUUAUCAUCACUACAGAUUAUGAGAAUUAGGAGACUUGACUGGCUUCUUCUACCUAGUCUGAACUUGUUGUUUGGCAGUGAUUGAAGCCUUAAUUGUUUUUUCAGCCUCUGCCAUUAUUUCGGGGCAAAUGCUUCGAGAGAGCCAUGAGAAGAAGUUUCUUUUCCAGAGAUAAUAUGGAGAAUUUCAUCAAAUUUGCGAGAUCUCUUGGUGUACAUGAAAAUCUCUUAUUCGAAAGUGACGAUUUGGUGCUUCACAACCAGCCUCGCAACGUAAUCCUGUGCCUUCUAGAAGUGGCACGCCUGGCAGCCAGUCGUUUCGGACUGGAACCUCCCGGCCUGGUACAACUGGAAAAGGAGAUCGCCGAGGAAGAGAGGCGGGACGACGCAGAUUCCGGCACCGGGUCAUCGCUGCUGUCUUGGCAGUUCGGCGCGGGAGUGGUUCUACCAGCGCCGGCACCGCCGACGCCGCCUCCCCCGCAGGUGGAUAGGAAGAUGAUGAGGCAGAGUCAGUCGGCUGGGGCGAUAUCUUCGAUUAUGACAGACAGAUGGAAUACUGGACCACACGUCAUACUGGUUGGUGAUAGGGGUGCAGGAGAUAAUCUGAAUGUCACUAUGAAAACCUUACCAACAGCUAGUGGGGCUAGUGAUGGUGUACCUAGUGACCACACUGAAGAUGAAGACUGGUCACGUGGCAGUGGAGAAGAUCCAGAUGCUGACUUACCACAAACACCCCCAAGGAGGCCUUCCUCAGCAGGUGGUGGUGGUGAUACUCCUACUUCUACAACGGAGUUAGACAGAAAAGUACAACUAGCUGCGCGAUUAAUGCAGAAAAACUGUAAUUGUUCUAAUGGAAAAUGUGACAAACUGAAUGUACGGAAAGUCGGGGAAGGAAAGUACAACAUUGCAGGAAAGAAUGUCUUCGUAAGGCUUUUGAAAGGUCAACACAUGAUGGUCAGAGUAGGUGGCGGUUGGGACACUUUAGAUCACUUUCUACUACGUCACGACCCCUGCCAGGUGAAGGUCGUCCCUAGGGACAGCCCGGAUAGCGCUUCCAAAUACUUGCACAUUCGCGCUAAAUACCGUAGCCCACCGCCUCGAGACACCAUGGCUUGUUGAGUAUUAUAUACUAUUUUUAGUACAUUCAUUCACAUGUACUUCCAAAACAAGAAUUUGAUGUCGGAUAGAAUUAGGUGACAAGUUCAGCAAGCAACAGUUUAUUUUGGGGAUCACAAAAUUUACAGAGAAUCGAAUUCAGAUUCAAAACAAGCGAACUUUUGGUCAAAAGAAAUCAGUAGAAAAAUAGGAGCUGUCAUUUUAUCACUUUCCGUGCCCCCUACGUUUUGUGAAAAAAUAAUGAUGCAUAUCAUAUUAGAGAGUUUUUAGUACCACACAAAUAAGUUUCUUUAAGCACUUCCGUUACGUUAUUUUUUUGAUAGGGAUAGCAAAUAAGGAUGGUUAGAAAAACAAGAGUUUUUAUGAUCACUAAAGUGAACCGUCGUAAUUUGACAGUACUGCCGAGUGGCUAUCUUGACAGGAUGCUUUUUUUUUACUUUGACGUAACGGUAACUCCAAAAUUUCAAAACCUAUGUAUGUUCAAUUUUUCGUGGAAAAGUUCUGCUAAUAUUCGUGUCCAAACCGGACAAGAAAUGAGUAGGUUUCGAAUCAUAGAAUUAUAGAACGCUAAUGGACCACAAAGCGAUCAGAACUAAAAUGAAAAGCUUCCUUACCACAUUGCAUAUAUAACAAAAAUUGUGACAAUUUAAUUAAUUGAGAACACUGAAUAAUUUCUUGCAUUUAUUUUAUUCUGCGACCUAUUCAAUUUCAACCAAUCUGUUUUUAUAACUUUUAUUUUAAUUAAGCUACCCCAGCUUUCCGAAUUCCAGAAACUGUGAGUAAGGAAAAAAUGACCUUACAAAAUAAAUACUCCCUAUUCUCCGUAACUAACAAAGCUCUCUUAGUUCGAUAACGGAAAACGAAGGAUUGUCUCGCUAAUGUACAAAACCGAAAUACCGAAUAUCAUAAGGAAGCAGCAAAACAAGAUCACUAAAACCUGUAUUGUUGUGAAAUUUACGAUUGGAGGCACCAUUCGUCAUCAACGAAUAGAAUUAUUUUUUUUUUCCUUUUUGGUGAUGUUUUUUUCAGAAUUCAAAUUAUUUUGUCGACAAAAAAGGGUUUUUGAAUCUUGUAAUAGCUGCAGAUUUUUAGCGCUUUUUAAAAUUCGUCAUUCUUUGUAUUACAUAUUUAAUAAUAUAUCGCCUGUCUGAAUUUGUAGCAGAUUAAAGAACCAUAAUUCUAACCGACUAAGUAAUGAGAUUAUUGUUGGCAUUAUUCCAAAAUUAGAUUUUGUUAUUUUAUUUCGGCUUUCUAGUGUGAUUUCAUAUAAUAAAUUUAUUUUGAUUUUUGUUAUUCUAUUUCGGCUUUCUGGUGUGAUUUCAUAUAAUAAAUUUAUGUUGGUUUUUGGGGGUUAUUAGGCUUAUUCAAUUCCUAGUAAUUACUCAAACAUAAAUGUUCUAGCCAUGGAGAUAUUUUAAGUUCAUUUGUUUUUAGAAAUCUGCCUUAAAAAAAUAAAUUCCUCGAAAUUCAAACAAGUUAUGUAGGAUACUUGAACUAUGCAAAUUGAAACAUCAAAACGUUCAAGUUGAAUUUACAUAGAUGAAAUGUCUUUUAUGCUCGUAGCUGUGAAAUCAUGCCAACAUUCAACGCUACGUCAAUUUAUACCAAAUAACUUGCCUAACUACUUAUAGUUAUCUGAAGCAGCAACCACUAAAAUUAUUUUAAAAUGUAUGACCAUAUAGCAUUUAGAAUAUAUACUGUCUUCCUGAAUAUUUGGUAGUGAAAUUUUCUAGUAUGAGUAAACUACAUACUAUUUGUGGUACGUAUGUAAUUUUUAUGUAACUGAAGAGUAUUGUCACAUUUUGGUAUAUCUUUAUAUUGCAUUUAUUUAAUUGUUAUUUGUACUGAUAAAUUGACUGAUUAUCUAAGUACGUAAAAGUAUUGAUUGAUGUAUUAUACUUGAAGAUAGUCAACCUAAUGCUAUAUUCCCGUCUCCAAAAAAUUAUCCGAGAUUAAAUGAGAUACCAUAGCGUCAUCUAUGAGAAUUUGUCACAGCUGUCUCUCGUCUCCGCACUAAUUAGAAAUGUACUUUGAAAAGGCUAGUCAAGCGUCUCAUAGAUGCCGUUGUAGCCAAAUAUAUUUUAUAUGCUUAUAUAUUUAUUGGCUACAGCGCCAUAUAUGACACACUGGGCUAAGAUUUCCUUAUUUCUAAUUAGAGUGGAGAUUACAUCUCGUAUAAUUUUUUAGACUUGGGAAUAUAGUAUUAGGUAGAAUACGUUCAAUCAAUGAUAAAAGUUCAGUGAUAUAAUAUUUUAGCGAGGGUAGAGGUUGAUUUUUUGCUUUAAUUUUAGUUUUCAGUAAUUUUAAACGUAUUUUCUUGGUAAUAUAAAAUAUUCGUAUGCUUGUGUCAUUAGUUAAUUCAUAUUCAUCUCCAGCAAUAUUCCCAAAAUUUUGUCACCCGUGGUAAGGGCAAGCAUAUUCUCCAUAAUGACCGGGGUCUGACUGCCGUAUCUUUGUACAGUGCUCUGUAUCCGUGCGAAAUUUUAUUCAUACAUCUGGAUAAGAGAUGAUUGAAAAUUAUUUCCAACAUCCUACAUUUGAGAAGAAAGGCAUUUAUCAAUAUGGUUACAUAUCAGAGUUUUCCUUUGAAUAUUUUAAAUUGCUCUAGAAAACAUCCUGUAUAUAUUCAGUGGAAGUGCUGCUUCGGUUUAUUAUUUAUAAGUACCAUUUUCACCGCCAAGUUCAAAUGAGAAUGUUUAAGUUUUGUUAUGUUUGUAGAAUUUUGUUUUAUGUAGUUUUAUAUAUACACUAAGUAAUUAAUGAUACACGAUUUUUGUACAUAUUUUUCUACGAUUAAACCAUUAUAUUAUGAC